AUGUUUAAGCGCAUUAAGUUCGCGAGCUCGAUCGAGGGGGAAGGGUUUCCUGGCGAGCUAACCUCCAGGAUCGGGGGUGAGCUUUUCAGCGGAGCGGAGGGGCUGGCUGUGUGCGCGCACUCUGCGGGGGGGAACGAGUUGGAGGGGGAGGCGGAGGGCGGAACUGGCCGCGGGGAAGGCGAACUGUGCGGGACGGGGAGGUCGGAAGCAGCGGAGAUGGAAAGGUUUGAGGGAGUGGGGAUGGAGGGUGAGAGAGUUAGAGCAUUUGCUGCUGUUGGGGCUGGUGCUGCUGCUGCGGCGGCAAAUCCUGCCGCACAGGCAUCAGCAGCAUCAGCAGCAUUAGCAGCAGCAGGAGGCGCAGCGGUACAAGCGCCAGUUCAGGCGGGAAACGCGGAGCUGCUGCUGUUGGAGAACGCGUCGCUCUUGUCCCUCAUCGAGCAGCAGCAGCAGUCGAUCGCGGCGCUGCGGCAGGCAGCGGAGAAGGCGGAGCGGGAGAAGCGGUCGCUGAGUAACGAGGUGGGGAUCUUGCGAGAGGCCCUAGACGCUUCCACUGAGCAUGUGGAGCGGUUAGAGGAGCGAGUGGCCUGCAUGGGAGGCGAGGGGGGAGGCGGAGCGGAAGGAGAAAGGCGAGGGGGAGGAGGAGGGGAAGGGGAAAGGGAAGGGGAAAGGAUGGGGGAGGGGGAGGGGGAGGGUGAAGGGUUAGGGGUGGUGGUGAGUGGUGGAGCUGGUAGGCGAGAUGGGGGCGAGGAGCACGGAGAAGGGAAGGAGGGGGGCGAAGGAGAGAGAGAGGAGGAUGGUGGGGAACAGGAGCAGGAGGAGGUGGGAGAGGUGGAAGACAGAGUGUGCAGAAGCAGAAGUUUCCGGAAAGGAGGGGAUUCAGGAGGAGGAGUGGGUUUGGGGCGGAUGGGGCGGAUGGAGGUGGGUCCCGUUCACCAUGUUAGCGUGAGCCGCGUGGGCAGCUCUUUUUGCAAGAACUCGGAAGGAAUGGAGGUAGUGAAGAAGGAAUGCAGUGCCCUCACAGCAGUCAAUCCAUUCAACUUCCAGCCCCAUCGCCCGCCACCUCCUCCUCUCAAGCGGCACGCAAUCCCGGAGCCACCUGCCUUCCCAUCCCGAGGGACUCUCGUGCACCCCAUGGCCCGCCGUCUCCUUCUCGUCGCCGCAAUUAUAGGCUUGGUGGCUAUCAGCGUCCAAGCAGCGCCUAAGCCAAAGCCCAAGAAAUAUGAUCCCUGCAUCGCCCCACUUGCGGUGUGUGACUUUUAUUUCUACAACUUCAAGGAAGAAACGCCGGUGAUUACUAUCAAUGCCGUCGCCGCCGAGAAGGUCGCUUCCACUGCUCUCCGCCACAAGUCUGACAAGCCUGUGCAGACAGCAACCACCUCGGGAGCCUCUUGCAAAGUCAUAGGGGGCGGUUCUUGCGAUAACUACUUCUUUUUCCGCGCUCGCGGAGCCAGUGACGCGUACACCAAAUUUGUGAACCGCAAUGACCGCCUGGGCAUCCGGCCUAUGCCCCAGGCCAAGAUCGACGAGCUCAACGGCAAGUGCAUCAAGCUCUACAUCGAAACCGCGAGGAUUAAGCUCGGCAAGGGCGUUAACGCGUCCGAGUGGCUGAACCCUAACGACAACAAGCCAGGCUACCCUCAGACUCACCGCUGCGUCGUCUUCAGGGUUGCGGCUGGCAGUUCAUAA